CCCCUCUAAAUAAAUAAUGAAAGCGCACAGUGGCGGGGAGCUGCGGCUGAUUUGCUGAUGUCAGGUGGUGGUGGGCAGAAGCCAGUGCAGCAUUUCCUCGCCGUGUUGCAGGGGUUGAAAACGUCGCUACGUCCUCCUCCUCUACUUCCUUCCAUCUGAUUCUGCUUUAUUAUUAAGGGGGGAAAGACAUCGGACCCACUUAACACAUGCGAGCCCGGCUGGAAAGAUGCCUAACGCGUGGAUCCUGCUCCUGGUCGUGUCGCUGAGUUGCCUGUCUCAGCCGGGGCAUCUGAAAAAGCCCCCGAAAUGUCCUUAUAGGUGCAGCUGUUCCAAGGAGUCCAUCAUCUGCGUGGGGUCAAACAGCGUCCCGAGAAUCAACCCCAACGACAUCCAUUCACUGAGCAUCGUGAAUGGGACCUUUUCUGAAAUUAAAGAGGGUAUGUUCACCCACAUGCCAUCUCUCCAGCUUCUGCUUCUGAACUCCAAUUCUCUCACAAAUAUAAGGGAUGAUGCAUUCUCAGGACUUUCACACCUGGAGUACCUGUUCAUUGAAAGUAACAAGAUCGAAACAGCAUCCAAAUAUGCCUUCAGAGGACUACGGGACUUGACUCACUUAUCACUGGCAAACAACAACAUUAAAGCUUUGCCCAGGGACCUUUUCAGUGACCUGGACUCUCUCAUUGAAUUGGAUCUGCGAGGUAAUGCUUUUGAGUGUGACUGUCGCGCAAAGUGGCUCAUGACGUGGCUCAAAAACACCAACGCCACAGUGUCAGAUGUCAUAUGCGCUGCUCCCGAAGAAAUGAAGGGCAAGAGGCUCAAUGAUAUGACCAGUCUGCAGAAUGAGUGCAUUUCAACCGAUUUCAUCCUCCAUCAGACGAUAGCCUCAGAAUCCUUGUCUGUGGACACGUUCAGCUUUAAGAAUGACGUGUACGUGGCCAUAGCGGCCCCCAGUAUGGAGAGCUGCAUGGUUUUCCAAUGGGACCACAUAGAGAUGAACUACAGGACCUAUGACAAUAUCACAGGUCAGUCUAUAGUGGCGUGCAAGUCCGUCCUUAUCCAGAACGAAGUCUUUGUGAUCGUGGCUCAACUCUUUGGAGGCUCCCACAUCUACAAGUUUGAUGAAGACCAAAGCAGAUUCACCAAAUUCCAGGACAUUGAGGUAUCCAAAAUCUCCAAACCCAAUGACAUCGAAGCUUUUCAGAUCGGCACAGACUGGUUUUUCGUGGUCGCAGAUAGCUCAAAAGCGGGCCUGUCCACUCUUUACAAAUGGAACGACAAAGGGUUUUAUUCGUAUCAGUCGCUUCACGAGUGGUACCGCGACACAGAUGCUGAAGUUUUAGAUUUGGAUGGAAAAGCGCAUAUUAUUUUAGCAAGCCGCUCGCAAGUGCCUGUGAUUUACCAGUGGAGCAGGAGCAACCAAAAGUUCAUCCUACAAGGUGAGAUUCCCAAUAUGGAAGACGUAGUGGCAGUAAAGCAUUUCCGUAUCAAAGAGGAGCUUUACCUGACCAUGACGAGGUAUAUUGGAGACUCCAAAGUUCUGCGCUGGGGAACCAAACAGUUUGCAGAGGUCCAAGCUUUGCCUUCAAGGGGGUCCAUGAUCCUCCAGCCGUUUUCCUUCAAAGAGCGGCAUUACCUGGCAUUGGGCAGUGAUUACACCUUCUCUCAGAUCUACAUUUGGGAUGAAGAAGGCAAGAUUUUUGAGAAUUUUAAAGAGGUGUACAUCCAGGCCCCACGUUCCUUCACCGUAGUGUCCACCGACCGUAGGGACUUCCUCUUCGCAUCCAGCUUCAAAGGGAACACGCAGAUUUUUGAGCACAUCAUCAUUGACUUGAGCUUGUGA